GCGGAAGCGGAAGCGGCGCUGACAGUAGUGUGUCGCUGUUGCUGCUGCUGUUGUGGUGAUGAUGAUGGCGGAUUUUGACCAGGUAGAUUUUCUGCGGGAGCGGCACGUGCGGUUCUUCCAGCGCUGUCUGCACGUGCUGCCCGAGAGAUACGCGCCGUACGAGACCAGCAGGUUGACUAUAGUGUUCUUUGCUCUGUCGGGUCUCGAUGUUCUCGAUGCCUUGGAUGUCGUGGACAAACCCGGUUUGAUCGAGUGGAUCUAUUCACUGCAGGUUCUUCCUACUGAAGACAAGUCUAAUCUCAGACGCUGUGGCUUCCGCGGCUCCUCUCACAUCGGCGUUCCCUACAACACUUCUAAGGGUCCCGGUUCAGCUCAUCCGUACGACAGCGGUCACGUGGCCAUGACCUACACCGGCCUGGCGUGUCUGAUCAUCCUGGGUGACGAUCUGAGCCGCGUCAAUAAAGCGGCGUGUCUGGAGGGCCUGAGAGCGCUGCAGCUGGAGGACGGCAGUUUUUACUCUGUCCCAGAAGGCAGUGAGAAUGACAUGAGGUUCGUGUACUGUGCCGCCUGCAUCUGCUACAUGCUGGACGACUGGUCUGGGAUGGACUGCCAGAAAGCCAUCGAUUACAUCAGGAGAAGCACAUCGUAUGAUAGUGGGAUCGGUCAAGGAGCCGGACUGGAGUCACAUGGUGGAUCCACCUUCUGUGCCAUUGCAUCCCUUUGCAUGAUGGGAAAGCUGCAGGAUGUUUUCAGCGAGCGCGAGCUGAACCGUAUCCGCCGCUGGUGUAUCCUCCGACAGCAGAACGGCUUCCACGGCCGUCCCAACAAACCCGUGGACACCUGCUACUCCUUCUGGGUGGGAGCGACGCUGGAGCUCUUGGACGUGUUCCAGUUCACCAACUUUGAAAAGAACCGGAACUACAUUCUGUCCACGCAGGACCGUUUGGUGGGCGGCUUCGCUAAAUGGCCCGACAGUCAUCCAGACCCUCUUCACACCUACUUUGGCAUCUGUGGCUUGUCUCUGAUCGGAGAAGCGGACCUGCGCAAGGUUCAUCCCGCUCUGAACAUCAGCGUCCGGGCGUUCGACGCUCUGCGGCAGCUGCACGGGACGUGGAGGCAGAAGAGCACAUGACCGUCCGUCCGUCCCGACCUCUGAUACCUCAGCAAUAACAGCCACGCGAUGAAUAAAUGAUCAGAUCCAGCGUAAUCUAUUAUUAAAGGUAAAACUGUCGCUCUUUAGUCGUAGGUCACAAGAUCGCUUCGUCCCGUCGACCAGAUUCAUCGCUCCUCUUCAAGCUUUUCAUUAUUAUUUGUGCUGAUUUCUGCCUUAUGAAUAGAGGAAGAGCGGCUGAGAAUACAGACGAGACGAGCUGCAGUGAUGUGUGAUAUGAUGUUCCUGCAGUAACACUGUAUAUCUGUUCAUAUUUUCACACGCAACAACGUAUUGUUUCUCUUAUUCUGUGUAAAAUCAUGUACCUUCAGUGUCCUCUUCUGAAUGUGCCUCUGUGUGUGUGUGUGUGUGUGUGUGUGUGUGUGUGUGCGUACAUAUGGCAUCUUGACACUUGAAUGUGUGUUUCAAGGAUCAAAAAGUGAAAUUAUUUUUUCUAUACUGUAGAAGUGACACUGCUCAUAUUUUAUGAUGAUGUAAAGUUCGAGUGCUGGAGCUUACGGUCAAUAAAUCAAGAGCUUUUAUCAUGUGAGAAACAAGCGUUUAUGACGGUUCUGGACACGCGUGUUUAAUAGCAGUUCAAUAAAACAGAUGAAUUAGAGAUUUCUUCUGUCAGUGUUCAGUUUCAGCUGAAGGACACCAGUGUGAAAGAUUACAUUCUCUAUCUUAUUUAAAAUCUGCUCUUAAUGAUGUGCUUUGAGGAGUAAUAUAUUCAUUAAGGGUUGUGUGUGUUAAUGUGUAUGUCAGCAAAAGUAAAGUAAAUCAUUAACUUAUAAUCAUAUUUGAUUUUGAAAAUAAGAGUGCUGUUAAACGUUCUUGAGCAGAAAACAUGACGGAUACAUGAGUGUGUGAAGAACUGACCACACACACUCACACACACACACUCUUACACACACAAACACAUACACACACACAUAAUCUCUCACACACAUAAUCUCUCACACAGACACAAACAAUGACUCACGCUCGCACACACUUUUACACUCAUAAACACUCAUGAACACACACACUUGUUUGUCUAUACUGUGUUUUCUUUGACUGUUGAAUUAUAAAAUGUGAGACUGAAGAGCUGCACAAAAGUCUGAAUGUUAAUUCACAUUAUUUCAUGAUUAAUUUCUCUCAGAGUCUCUGAAUGUGAAUGUCAGUGAUUUUCAGGCACGAAGACACCAAUUCCUGAAUAAAACUCUUCCCUUUA